ACCGUUACGUUCGGUAUGGCUGCAACAUUAUUUCGGUCCGGACCAAGUCAUUUUUCCGAACGAAGGGUCAUUUGACACAACCAAAAAACUUGCAGUAUCCUCCCAUUGGCAUCAUCAAUCAUCAACCAUGGACCCCCCAACGGCAUCCUCCAAGCCAACAUCCUCCAAGUCGACUACGCCCUCCACAGGAAGCAGAGCGGGCAAAGCUUACUUGGUGUGUGCGACCAUUUUGUGUUCGCUUGGCUUGCUAGAAACGACAGGGUAUUGCAGAUCCAAUUCACGCCUUCAGAUUCCUUCGGUCUUCAAGUUGGAAGACACCAAUUCGUCGAGAUAUCACACGGCUCCUGGACCAUCCUCUGGCACUGCGACAUCAUCGUCUCAAGGAACUUCAUAUUGGACUCCUCCUUUGUCAGAUUUUGAAUUUUGUGAGUCCCACAAUUUUAUUCCUAUCAAAGAUGAUGAAGAGCUGGAAACAACCCAAACAGCGCGCCCUCGGUUUUCCAUGCAACCAAGUGACUUUGCGCCUCAAUCUACCAAGAUUUGCAGUACCACACAACAAGUGAAGGACGCAAUUCGCUACGGACUACGUGUCUUUGAUGAUCCCUCCAUUCAAACGCCGCUUCAAAAACGAUACGCGGGGGCCAAUUAUACCCCCUCCAAGUUCCUAUACCAUGACUGUGAUUUGCCCAUGCUACCACCUCCUCAACUCUGCGACACCAUCAAUCAAUUUUCCAAAAUCAUUUAUCAGGGCGAUUCCUUGUCACGUCAUGCGCAUUAUGGGCUCAUGAUGGCACUCUCCAAUGACUUGAUUCGAGGAUCUGCCAUUCAAGCUUGCCAAUGUGAUGGUCAAUUCAGCAAUAAUGACAAAUGUAUCACAGGUCUUCAUUACAAGGCCAAUGCUAAACCCUAUCAGUAUCAUGUCUGCUCUCAUUUACCCCUCGACAAUCAAGUUGAGGUUACUUUCAAUAUCAAUCGAUUGCAAAAGGGAGUAUACAAACUCAAUCAAGAUUCCAACGAGAUUAUUGACUGUUCACAGCCAGAUCAAAAACCCGUCCUGCUCAUCCUACAAGGUGGUGUCCAGUUGGGCUACAAUGGCAUGGCAGUCUACGAUACACAGGUACAACCCUUCUUCCGAGAUCCCGUCAUUCAAACUUGCAUCCAACACCAAAAGUUCUACCUCAUCUUUUGUCUUUCCAGUCAACAAGCACCCUUCUACGAUGAAAUGUACCCCGCGCAAACUCGCAAUCAAACAGCCAUUUUUGACCAGGAAAUGGAACGACAAUUUACCAAACAUUACAUUCGAAACGCCCACUUUAUCCAUUGGGCCAAUUUUACUGAGGGCGUCCAGUGGACGGAUGGAUUUCAUCUUGCAGCGCAAGGGAACUACUUCAAAUCAGCGCACACAUUUCAUUUGGCCAAUGCCAUUCUCCAAGAGAAAUUGGCGUUGAAGCAUCCCGAGUUUACACCGGCAAAGAAAAGCGAAUGAUUUAUUUGUGGAAGCAACAGGGAGGCGGUACGACAGCCAAGCGUCGGCAUUGAAACAUCCCAAGUUUGCGCCAGCAAAGAAAGAAAUUGAUUUGGAAGAGCAACAGAGAAGCGGUUACACAAAAGACAGUCCAAAGCCGCACCCGCCGUGCACGUACCACGGCCCACGAGAGCAUAUUUGGCACUUCCUGUGGAAUCGAAUCAUGUCUACAACGCCAGACAUUAGGUCAUCCCAGCCAGUGCUGACACAAUCAAUUAAUUUUCAACUCAUAGCUGGAUCCGGUGGCUUGGUGUUGCGGACACACGCGGCUGUUGCUGAGCCAGUCUCUUAGUACCAUAACUGGGGGUAGGGCAGGUGAAAUGUGGAUAAUGCUAGCUAGCUAGUACACCAAAACGUUGUAAGCCAAAAAAGCAGUCCUGCUAAAUGCAACAAGCAAAACGACCUCCUUGCCUCCUUCCUGCUUCUCUACAGACAGACAUUUGCGACUCUAAAACAUUUAGAACAGAACCUAUCUUUUCAACUACAAAAGUAUUUGCCCUAGCAGUCAUAGAAUAGCAAUGCACUACCGCUCCACGGAUAGCUAGCUAGCCAGCGGCUGACAGCAGACGCAACCAACUGGGAAACCCUUGAGCACCGGUGGUCUAGCCUGGCAAUCAAUCCUUGAUCCUCUUCUUCUGCCUCGGAAUCACCACUCUUCGUCCUCUUGGCCCUCUUCUGGGCAGCCGUUUUCACGAGCCCACUGCAGAAUCUCCAAAUGUCCUCCUUCAGCCGCAGCUGAGCAUGUAUCGGCAUCCCAGGGACAUCCAUUCUCUCGAGCCCAUUUCAGCAAUUCAAAAUGUCCUCCUUCAGCAGCUUUCAUGCAGGUUGUCUCGUCCCAAGGGCAUCCAUUGGCACGAGCCCAUUUCAGCAAUUCCAAAUGUCCUCCUUCAGCCGCAGCU